GUGCUCUGGGGCUGGGUGCUGCUGGCCUUUGUCCAGACGGGUGCGUGCAAGGCCAGGGAACAUGAGGACGCUGGAAGACUCCUCGGGGACAGUCCUGCACCGCCUCAUCCAGGAGCAGCUGCGCUAUGGCAACCUGACUGAGACACGCACCCUGCUGGCCAUCCAGCAGCAGGCCCUACGGGGUGGGGCCGGGGCUGGGGGCACAGGGAACCCCCAAGCGCCCCUGGAGAUCGUGGCACCUGAGGACAGCCAGGUGCUGCAGCAGGCCACCAGGCAGGAGCCCCAGGGCCAGGAGCACCAGGGCACCGAGGCCCAUCUGGCAGAGAACAACCUCUACCGGCUGUGCCCACAGCCCAGCAAGGGCGAGGAGCUGCCCACCUACGAGGAGGCCAAAGCCCACUCGCAGUACUACGCAGCCCAGCAGGCGGGGCCCCGGCCACAUACUGGGGACCGGGAUCCCCGCGGGGCCCCGGGAGGUGGUCGGAGGCAGGAUGAGGCGCUGCGAGAGCUGAGGCACGGGCACGUGCGCUCCCUGAGUGAACGGCUCCUGCAGCUGUCCCUGGAGAGGAAUGGGGCGCGCACCCCCAGCCACAUAAGCUCCUCCCACAGCUUCCCCCAGCUGGCCCGCAACCAGCAGGGCCCCCCGCCCAGGGCCGCCCCUGCCGAGGGCCCAGAGCCCCGCGGCCCUCCACCUCAGUAUCCCCACGUCAUGCUGGCUCAUGAGACCGCCUCUGCCGUCCCUGACCCGCGGUACCGCGCCCGUGGCAGCCCACACUUCCAGCAUGCUGAAGUCAGGAUCCUGCAGGCCCAGGUGCCCCCCAUGUUCCUCCAGCAGCAGCAGCACCAGUACCAGUACCUGCAGCAGCCGCAGGAGCACCUCCCACCCCCACACCCUGCUGCCCUCAGCCACGGCCCGCUGGGCCCCCUCGGCCCACCUGGGGUGGAGGGCCCAGCAAGCACCCAGGCCCCCUUGGCCACCUCGGGCAGCGCCCACCUGGCCCAGAUGGAGACCGUGCUGAGGGAGAACGCCAGGCUGCAGAGGGACAACGAGAGGCUGCAGAGAGAGCUGGGGAGCUCGGCUGAGAAGGCCGGGCGCAUCGAGAAGCUGGAGAGCGAAAUCCAGCGGCUCUCUGAGGCCCACGAGAGUCUGAUGAGGGCCUCUUCCAAGCGAGAGGCCCUGGAGAAGACUAUGCGGAACAAGAUGGACAGUGAGAUGAGGAGGCUGCAGGACUUCAACCGGGAUCUGAGAGAAAGAUUGGAAUCUGCAAACCGCCGCCUGGCAAGCAAGACGCAGGAGGCCCAGGCAGGCAGUCAGGACAUGGUGGCCAAGCUGCUGGCUCAGAGUGAUCUCAGGACGGCACUGCUGCGCGGAGCCAUCGAGGACCAGCGGCGGCGCGCCGAGCUGCUGGAGCAGGCGCUGAGCAACGCGCAGGGCCGGGCGGCGCGGGCGGAGGAGGAGCUGCGGAAGAAGCAGGCCUACGUGGAGAAGGUGGAGCGGCUGCAGCAGGCCCUGGGGCAGCUGCAGGCUGCGUGCGAGAAGCGGGAGCAGCUGGAGCUACGUCUGCGGACGCGCCUGGAGCAGGAACUCAAGGCCCUGCGUGCGCAGCAGAGACAAGCAGGCAACCCCGGUGGUGGCAGUGGCAGUGGUGGGUCCCCAGAGCUCAGCGCUCUGCGGCUGUCAGAGCAGCUACGGGAGAAGGAGGAGCAGGUCCUGGCGCUGGAGGCUGACAUGACCAAGUGGGAACAGAAGUAUUUGGAGGAACGUGCCAUGAGGCAGUUUGCCAUGGAUGCAGCCGCCACGGCCGCCGCCCAGCGCGACACCACUCUCAUCCGACACUCCCCCCAGCCCUCACCCAGCAGCAGCUUCAAUGAGGGCCUGCUCACUGGCGGCCACAGGCAUCAGGAGAUGGAGAGCAGGUUAAAGGUGCUCCACGCCCAGAUCCUGGAGAAGGAUGCGGUGAUCAAAGUCCUUCAGCAGCGCUCCAGGAAAGACCCUGGCAAGGCCACCCCGGGCUCCCUGAGGCCCGCCAAGUCGGUGCCAUCUAUCUUCGUGGCUGCAGCAACAGGGACCCAGGGCUGGCCAGGGCUCUCCUCCGGCGAGCGGCAGGUGGAUGCCCCUGCCCGGCUGGCUGCAGCAGAGGAACCGGUGGCCGCAGCUCCCCUCGCUGCCCAUGCCAAACACGGGAGCCGAGAUGGAAGCACCCAGACUGACAGCCCCCCGGACAGCACCACCGCCUGCCUGGGCCUGGAGCCUGACUGCCUUCUAGGGUGCAGCAGUGGCCAGAGGACAGCCUCGCUGGAUUCUGUUGCUACAUCCAGAGUCCAGGACCUGUCGGACAUGGUGGAGAUACUGAUCUGAAGGAGGGGUGCCUUGGGGACUCAGAACCAUUCCCCACUCUCCUCUGCCCUCUGCCACGCGGCCAUUCCAGCAGCCCCUCCAGCUGCUGCUACCCCACUUUCCCCAACCGGGCACUCGUUCCCAUGGACCAUCUGGUCCCCGGAGCUGAAGAAGGAUGCUGCAGGGGAGAGGGGAGCUGUGAGCACCUGCACCCCAGAAGACCCUGCUUGCCAGCCCCACACUCCUCCUGGGCCCAUGUACCAUAAGCUUCACCUGCUGCCCAAGGCUUGCUGCCGGGGUAGUAACUGAAAGCUCAGAAGGGAGCCCCCUCGGCCCACCCCUAGUGGGCACUCAGGCCGGGAGGGAGGGGAUUUGUUGAUUUGACGGGGGCUGAUUUCCAAGGACAGCUGCGGUGGACACCAGGUGCGCUGGCUUAGUCUGGCUGAAUUGUGGUCCUCCCACCUCAUCUGCUCCUCAGCUCCUCACUGCCUUCUUGGGAUCACUAAGACAUAUCUCAUGGGGACUGUUGAGGGUGUUAGUCCCGCAGAAGCCACCGCCUCAGCUGCUCAGUGGAGAGGCUUGGGAGGCGCUGUGCAGUUUGUAUAUAAUCCCCUUUCUUGUGGAAGAGAAGAUUGAAGCGGGCGGCUGCAGGUGUGCCC